GAACGUCGACGAGUUCGUCCUUCGCGCGUGCGCAGUAGCCCGGAGCUUUGUUGUGUCCUCUCGCUAUGGCGCUGAGCAAAACGUUUGGACAAAAACCGGUGAAAUUUCAGCUCGAGGAGGAUGGGGACUUUUACAUGAUCGGUUCAGAGGUUGGAAACUACCUUCGUAUGUUUAGAGGCUCCUUGUAUAAACGCUACCCAUCGUUAUGGAGAAAACUGGCAACAGUGGAAGAGCGAAAGAAAAUAGUGGAGUCGUCACACGAUCACGGCUACACUCAGCUGGCCACCAGCGUGACGCUGCUGAAGGCCUCAGAGGUCGAAGAGAUUCUGGAUGGAAAUGAUGAAAAGUACAAAGCUGUGUCGAUCAGCACUGAGCCCCCCGCCUACCUCAGGGAACAGAAAGCCAAGAGGAAUAGUCAGUGGGUUCCAACGCUACCUAACAGUUCCCACCACCUGGAUGCAGUCCCCUGCUCCACCACCAUCAACCGCAGCCGGCUGGGCCGGGAAAAGAAGAGGACCUUCCCUCUGUGCUUUGAUGACCACGAUCCAGCUGUGAUCCAUGAAAAUGCCACCCAGCCCGAAGUCCUUGUCCCGAUCCGCCUGGACAUGGAGAUCGAGGGUCAGAAGCUCCGAGAUGCUUUCACUUGGAACAUGAACGAGAAACUCAUGACGCCAGAGAUGUUUGCGGAGAUCUUGUGUGACGACCUGGACCUGAACCCACUGGCGUUCGUUCCUGCCAUCGCCUCGGCCAUCCGACAGCAGAUCGAGUCAUACCCGACAGACAGCAUCCUGGAGGACCAAACGGACCAGAGGGUGAUCAUCAAGCUGAACAUCCACGUGGGGAACAUCUCUCUGGUGGACCAGUUUGAGUGGGACAUGUCGGAGAGGGAAAACUCGCCGGAGAAGUUUGCUCUGAAGCUGUGCUCGGAGCUCGGCCUGGGCGGAGAAUUUGUCACCACCAUCGCCUACAGCAUCCGAGGUCAGCUGAGCUGGCACCAGAGGACCUACGCCUUCAGUGAGAACCCGCUGCCCACUGUGGAGAUUGCCAUCAGAAACACAGGUGAUGCUGACCAGUGGUGUCCUCUGCUGGAGACCCUGACAGACGCAGAGAUGGAGAAGAAGAUCAGAGACCAGGACAGAAACACCAGGCGAAUGAGGCGUCUGGCGAACACGGCACCAGCGUGGUAGCUGGCCUGGCAUCGGCGCCACCUACAGGAUUGUUGCUUGUGCUGUUGGAGGUCAUGGUUCUCCUCAGCAGCAGAGUUUCGUCCUUCAUCUCCUCUGCUCUGCUGGGAUCUCGGUCUACUCCUCACGCUUUUAUUUUGCGGUUAAUUUUAAAAUUUAGUUUGUUGGGGACCGUUAGAAAAAACCCUCCGUGUCUCCCACGUGACCCUCAGAGAAGCUGCUCCCUUUGACCACUGACUCUACCCGACCAGACGGGGAAACACGCAACAGGCUCAAAUAAUAUAUUGUUUUGUUGUAUUUGUUGUCUUUUUGUACAUUUUAAUAAUUCUUACAAAAUAAAAAAUACAAACGUU